ACUAUUUUGGUCGGAUAUACAUUCGAAGUUUAAGGACUAAUUUACCCCUAUGUGCAUAAAGCCUGAUGCUGCAACUGCAGGGGUUUCGAAUCACACACUUGUUCGGUCACAUGGCCCUUAUAAACACGCCGUUUUCUAUCCGUUGUUCGGUGAAGCGCCGCAAUAAUACAAAUGACUGCUUUAUACGAGAGAUUCUUUUCUGCUGAGCUCCACAAUUUCGGUCACAUGAAGUCUUCGGAAAAUAUGGCUUGCUCCAUACCUAUGCGUGAGCUGAAUAAUGGCGUCCGAAUUCCCGCACUGGCUUUGGCACAUUUGCGAAGGGAGGGGUAUUGGGAAUGGUACACGAAGCGGUUGUCUGCCCUUGAAGCUGGAUGCAGGCAUUUGGAUUGUGCCUCGUAGUGAGUCCCUUUGAGAAGUCGGGCUCCCAA